AUGUGCUUCUUGAUUGUCGAGAAUGUCAACAUCCUCCAGCCCCAGAAAAGCGAAGUUGAUGAGGCGAUGGAAAAAAAGCCGGGAUUAUUGCCAAGCACAUCUGGGCUGCACAUCUAUCCAGUAGCAAAUUCGGGGCGGGAACAUGGGGUCAAGGACGAUGAAAUUAGUGUGAUCAGCUCCGUAGGCCGGAAAAAGCUGUACAAGAGCAGAAACUCCCGAAAGCAGAGCGCGCGCAGAGAGUGGCACAGUGACAUUACCUUUGAGCCCAUUCCUAGCAAUUACACUCUCUUGCGUCUCACAGAGCUUCCCCAAGCUGGUGGUGAUACCCUAUGGGCCUCAGGCUAUGAAGUUUAUGAUCGUAUCUCUGAGCCCUACCAGAAGUUCCUGGAGAGCUUAACCGCAACCUAUGCGCAACCUGAGUUCAAUGAAAUAGCUAAACGCAACAAUUUCCAUAUCCACGUUGGUCCUCGUGGUGCACCCGAGAAUGUUGGAGAGGCACUAAUUGCUGAGCACCCUGUCAUCCGGACUAACCCUGUCACCGGAUGGAAGAGUGUUAUCGCUGUUGGCUCACACGUGCAAAAGGUCAAUGGUGUCUCCGAGGAGGAAAGCCGUCAUCUGCUCGACUGGUUUGUCACUCUGAUUGUUGAGAACCAUGACCUGCAGGUACGCAAUCGCUGGCUGACCCCGAACGAUCUUGCUAUCUGGGACAAUCGAUCGGUAUAUCACGCAGCCACUUGGGAUUAUGACGGGCUUGGCCCACGCACUGGACAUCGUGCUGUCGGCCUUGGAGAGAGGCCAUAUCUGGAUCCCAAGAGCAUUGGAAGACGGGAGGCGCUCGCCAAAGAUCCGUCAACCAAAUGCAACAAAGAGGAAAUGCACUGCGAGGUUCUCGCUUGGCCUGAUAGACUCGUACCAUGUGUGUCCUCAAUCUGGGCUUUCUUCAUCGGCCAAAAAGAUCAUCAGGACAAACAGAACAUCACCACAACAUACAUAUGUCUUUGCAGCAGCAUAGAUAUUAGGCCCUAG